AUGGCGAACCGUCGAAUGAACCUUGAUGAUGUUCUCAAUCAAUUGUGGACAGAAAGCGAUAGUGAGGACGAAUUGUUGGAUAAUAUUGAUGAAGAUGAUGUUUUAGAAGAUGUUUUAUUGAGUGCUAGUGUUAUUAAUGAAAUUAAUCUGGAACAAUCUGUGCGUGACAAGGAUUUUCCAAUUGACACAGAAAAUGGCUGGUCGAAUGUUGACACUCCACCUGUUGUGAUGGAAUUUGAUAGCCAUGUAGGCUUGAAUGCCGAAGAUAUCCCCAAUGAUAUAACACCUUUGAGUAUGUUGAAUGUGUUGUUUGAUGAAAGCAUGUGGCAAAAUAUGGUGACACAAACAAAUAAAUAUGCACAGUCAAGAAUUCAAAAUGCACACAGUCUCAAGCCACACAGCAGACUGACCAGGUGGGUGGAUACAACUGUUGAUGAAAUGAAAGUGUUCAUGUCGCUCGUGCUUCUCAUGGGAAUUGUUAGGAAACCAUCAUUAGAAGAUUAUUGGUCCACACAUGAAAACAUUGAAACACCAUUCUUUAACAGAACCAUGUCAAAAAACAGGUUUCUUCUUAUACUGUCAAAUUUCCAUAUUGUUGACAAUGAUAGUGAUGACAAAUCCGACAGACUUUAUAAAAUCCGACCCUUCCUCCAAAUGAUUAUAGACAAUUUUCAGAAGUAUGUGCCAGAGCGAGAUUUGAGCUUUGAUGAGGGUACAUGUCCAUUCAAAGGAAGGGUUCAAUUCAGGGUAUAUAAUCCACAGAAACCAAAUAAAUUUGGAAUGAAACUGUUCGAACUGUGUGAGGCAUCAUCUGGGUAUUGUGUCGGUAUUGACAUCUACCACGGAAAUACGGACUGUGCUACAUAUGUCGAAACAUUGGAGGAUGAAACUGAAGAUGGUCAUGUCACUUCCCACUACAUUGACAUAACGCAAACGUCCAAAAUCGUUCUUGGAAUGAUGGCACGCACGGGAACACUGACCAAAGGGCACCAUGUUUACAUGGACAAUUAUUAUACGUCUCCGGAAUUGUAUGAUGUUCUGUCAUCAUAUGAUACUUAUGCAUGUGGAACAGUGCGCAUCAACAGAAAGGAAGUGCCUAAGGCUUUCGGCUCAGUGAAGCUAAAGCAGGACGAAACCAUCUUCAGGCGACGUGAAAAUCUCCUCGCAUUGAAGUACCAUGACAAGCGAGACGUUCACAUGUUGUCAACAAUACAUGAGGCCAAGUCGGUGAUGACAAAUAAAGUUAAUCGCAAGACAAAUGAGCCCAUCAUGAAGCCAUCUGCAAUUGUGGACUACAUACAAAAAAUGGGAGGCGUUGAUCUUUCAGAUCAAAUUGUUCAGUACUAUGAUGUGCUCCGCAAAUGUGUAAAGUGGUGGAAAAAAUUGUACUUUCACCUCUUCAAUAUACUUGUGGUCAACGCUUACAUACUGCACAUGAAGUACAGCCAGCAGCAAAAGAAGCGUUCCCACAUGGACUUCCGAAAUACAUUGGUAACGGAACUGAUCGAGUCUGCCCCAAACGCUCUGAAACCACAACGGAAGGGACGGAAGUCUGAACACUUGGCCCGACUGACCGAACGCCAUUUCAUUGGGCACUGCAAGCCCAAGCCAGGUGCGAAGAAACAGAAGGUCACCAGGGACUGCAUUGUUUGCAAUGGAAGUUCAAAAAAUAGGGAGGGGUUCAAGAGAAAACAAACGGCAUAUGAAUGCAUUCAGUGUGAGAAGCCGAUGUGUAAUCCGGAGUGUUUCAUGCGCUACCAUACACUCAAAUACUACAAGCCUGAAAGCAAUCAAGAGAGCGACAGCGAAUAA